AUGUCGGUAACAGUCCAAGAUGAUGAUAUGGAUAUAAAGAUCCCAAACGAUGUCAAUGUAAUCUCUCCGUUCUCAGUGUUUUCGCCAUCUGUCGAAGACCCCACCGCCAGGGCCCUUAUAGUGCUAAACCAAUCCCUCAAGAAUGUUCCCAGGUUUCUCACUGUCUGGCAAGGUUGUCUGAUUCAUGUGUGUGCUGACGGUGGAGCCAAUAGACUUUACGAUUACUUCGAUUCUGAAGAAGAACGUAAGCAGUACAUUCCUUUAUAUAUUGUGGGAGAUUUAGAUUCACUCCAUAAAUCAGUUCGUGAGUACUACGAAAGACAUGGCACUAGGGUAAUAGAGCAAGCGACACAAUUUGCGACUGACUACAUGAAAGCAUUGAUGUUAGUUCAACUCCAGUUGUAUAAUCCUACUAUUAUAAAGGGUCCCAUCGAUACCCAUGAUGAAAUUGAAGUAUUGUAUCAGAAACAUAUUGUUAAAAACCUGACAGUUGCACCAAAACUUAAUCUCUAUGUGUUUGGCGGUAUAGGGGGUCGUUUUGAUCAAACAGUUCAUUCCAUAAGUCAAUUGUACAAGACUCAUGAAAUUCACCCGUCAAUUCAGCAAUUCCACAUCACCAAAUCUGAAAUGAUUUUCCUUUUACCAGAAGGUUCUAAUGCUGUAAUUUAUUCCAACAAAACAGCAUUUAAUUCUCGAGACAGAGUUCCAAUUUGUGGUUUACUUCCACUAGGAUCAGGUGAAGUUGAGCUCACGACAUUUGGUCUCAAAUAUGAUGUCACAGAUUGGCCCAGUUCAAUGCUUGGAAAUGUUAGUUCAAGUAAUGGUGUUUCGGGAACCAACGGAUUUUUAGUACGGUGCAGAAAGGGUCCCAUCACCAUUAAUAUAGAAUUGGCCUUUGAUCCAUAG